AUGCUCAGCAACGAUCCUGUCAUGGCGGGGGCCAUCAAAUGCAUGCAAGGAGCUCACUCAAUUGCGCGGAACGAUUCACCUAUCGCGCUCUACCCCAUGCUGGUGCGGUUCAUGGCGGAGCAAGGAUGCCCCGACAUGAUGACCAACGAAUCGUACGGUCGUUAUUACUCGCGGUACGUGCUUGUCGACAUUACAGAGGUGAAGAACCAUGUCGACAAGGUGAAGACCAAGCUGUCGCAGUACUACGUCGAACCCGGCGCAUCCAACGGGCCGAACACCUCUCGCCUGAACAAGUUCCUUGCUGCACACGGCAGCAAGGACAAGCGCAAGAUGGAGCUCAAGGGAGUGGACGAGAACGGAAAGCAUGCAAAAGCCGAGAUCGAGCUUCACGAGGACAUCAUCGACCCUGAAAACCCUGGGGGGGGAUGCGACUUGGAGGCCUGCAUGGACCUGGCGAGGCCUUUCGCUCAGCGCCUGAUUAAGGCGCUGGGGAAGAGGAUGGCGGAUCUGCGUCAUUUCAAUGGUGUUGGUUUUUUCUCCCCUGAUAAGUAUCCUGACCGUGCAGGAGAGCAGGACGCGUGGGUGAAGCUCCAUCUCUCCGAGCUCCUUGACAUGUUCAAGAACAAGCUACCUGGUAAGACGAGAGGGGUAGAGUAG